AUGAAGGAAUUAAUUUUGACUCUUAUCGUAUCAAUUUGUUCUGCUCAGUACUUGAAUUUCUUUGUAGUGACUGACAUUCACUAUGAUAUUGCUUAUCAGCAAAAUUAUAGCUAUCCUUAUCUUUGCCACUCAGUUGGCAUUGAUGGCGAAAAAUUGAAUCCAGUCCCAACUAAUGAUACAGCUCCUUUAGGAAGGUAUUUUUGUGACUCUCCUAUGACGCUGGCAGCACUAGCUUUUCAACAAAUGAAAGCAGUUAACCCAAACCCAGAUUUUAUUUUACUUUUAGGAGACUCUGUCGCCCAUUUUACUUCAACUUUAUUAAACCAGCAAGGAGUAUAUGACAAAGAAGCUGAUAAAAAUUUGGUAUUAUCAACCUUUACUAAAGUAACCCAGCUUUUUACUAAAUAUUUCCCUAACACUCAGCUACUCCCUGUAAUUGGAAAUAAUGAUGGUUUUAGUGAUUACCAAAUCCCUGAAGGUGUAGAAGGCACUAACUAUUUAAAAUUCCUAUAUAAUCUUUGAAGCCCUUUAAUUGGAUUUAUGACUGAUACUUUUAUGAAAGGCGGAUACUAUGCUAGCAUAACUAAAGGUGGCCUGAAUUUUAUUUGUUUAAAUUCAAAUUAUUUUAGCACUCAUAUAAAGCUCCCUCUAAUAGAAGCUGAUGAACAAUUAGAGUGGCUUAGAAGCCAGCUGCAGGCAAACAGAGCAAAAUCUAUUAUAAUUAUGCACAUUUCUCCUGGAGUUUCUAUGUAUGGAAAAGGAGAUCCAGAUUGGGACAAUGAUUACGUUACUAAAUUUUUAUCAAUUGUCACAGCUUUUCAAAGCAAAAUUUCUUAUAUUUUUGCUGGGCAUUACCAUUUUGGAUUUUUCCAGCUGGUGCCAGGAACUCAGCUUUCUAUAAUAGUCCAUCCUUCGGUGUCUCCAUUUUUCGGAAAUAAUCCAGGAUUUAGAUAUUAUACACUUAAUGGCAACACUCAAGAUUAUAUAGACUAUACUUAUGAUUUAAACCAGACAGGCUGGUACACCCAUAGUUUUUCUCAAAUGUAUAAUUUGGAUACGCUUAAUUUUACUAGUGUUUAUAGCAUGCUGUCUAAGAAUUUUACUAUGCUAAACCAGUUUUUAGCGAGGUCAUAUGGAUUAGAUGUAGAGCCAGGGAUUGCUAAUGAAUAUGUAUGGAAUCUUGCAUUGGGGUUAAAUUAUACCACUCAACAGUCAUUAGGAAGAUCUGUCAUGCUAUGCUCUAUGCAAUAUUUGGCGUUUAGCGACUUUCAAAAAUGCAUAGGCAAUGUGAGAGGACUAUUAAGAGGUAGAAACCAUUAA